GGGACCUCGGCGCGCUGGGGGCGGCUGUCGCUUCCCAGGGCCUCCAGCUCGGCUCGGUUGCGACGGACGGCUCCGGAGAAGCCCCCCCGAGGGCUCCCUACGGAGGGAGUGGCGGCCGUCCGGGUCGCGCGCGGCGGGAACGACCACUGCCUCCCGGGGUCCGAGCUGUCAGCCGGCCCCUCACCGGCGCCGGCGGAGCCGGGACACGCCUUCGCGGGCUCCAGGUCACUGACACAGACGCCAUCCUGAGUGUGUGUACUGGGGACUCUGCCACCUGUGCAGCAGGCUGGCCUGGCUCUCGGAAGAGCCUUGUGGGUGGGCCUGGGGCUGACUGGACCCCCGUUACAGUCCAGCAGUUAGCACCCAGGGCCCAGUUCCGGUCUUUUCCUGGCUUUCUUCCCCCUUUUUGUGUGACAUUUUGGCCAGCGGGUUCACCUGCCUGAGGCCGCCGGAAGUUGCGCAAACUUGGUUACCUGAGCCAGGUGGGCUGGGCUGGAGGAACGCAGCAGCCAGAGGAGCUAGCGGUAGCUUGUCUGCUUUCUGCGGCUCUGACCCCCAGUUCUCCGGCCUCCUAGGACUGAAGCCCUCCGGGGAAUGUGACAGCCAUGCCUGUGGACACGCUCAGCCCGGGAGCCCCAGCCGCGCCCGCCCUACCUUUCCGCAAGCGGCCCAAGAUUCCCGGCUACCUGCUGCGCAGGCCGGUGGACGGCGGGGCCCGGAAACCCAGCGCGGUGGAACGCCUGGAGGCCGACAAGGCCAAGUACGUCAAGAGCCUGCACGUGGCCAACACCCGCCAGGAGCCUGUGCAGCCCCUGCUGUCCAAGCAGCCGCUGUUUAGUCCCGGGACUCGCCGUACAGUGCUCACGCCGAGCCGCCGAGCGCUGCCUGGUCCCUGCCGCCGGCCCCAGCUGGACCUGGACAUCCUCAGCAACCUCAUCGACCUGUGUGACAGCCCCGUGUGCCCCGGGGAGGGCAGCCGGACCCCCGGGCGGGCGGAGGGAGCCCACCCGGCCCCCCCAGCCACCCCUCCACGCCCCCCGCCCAGCACGGCUGCGGUCCGCCGCGUGGACGUGCGCCCCCUGCCUGCCUCACCUGCCCAGCCCUGCCCGUCGCCGGCGACCACCGCCGCCUCCAGCCCAGGCCGGCCGCCGGGAUUGCAGCGCUCCAAGUCGGACCUGAGCGAGCGCUUCUCCAGGGCGGCGGCUGAUCUCGAGCGCUUCUUUAACUACUGCGGCCUGGACCCCGAGGAGGCGCGGGGCCUGGGGCUGGCGCACCUGGCGCGGGCCAGCUCGGACAUCGUGUCCCUGGCGGGGCCCAGUGCGGGGCCCGGCAGCUCCGAGGGCGGCUGCUCCCGCCGCAGCUCGGCCACGGUGGAGGAGCGCGCCCGGGAACGCGUCCCCUACGGCGUGUCGGUGAUCGAGAGGAACGCCCGCGUGAUCAAGUGGCUGUACGGCCUCCGGCAGGCCCGCGAGACCCCGGCCGCCGAGGGCUAGGCCCCCUGGGCCGGGAUCCGGGAUCCGCGCGGGAUCCAGCGCGGAGGGCAGCCGACCCGGGACUUCUGCAUCCAUUUCCUGCUUCCAGACAGACCGGAGGCAGCUCGCUUGUGUGAACCCGCGGAGGAGGCGCAACCUCAGACCCCGCAGGUGGCAUCUGACAAGGACCUACCCCGCAGCCCAGCCGGUGGCCCUGGCCCCCUUCCCCGCGAACAGGGUUUCUGACAGCAGUGUGCUCCUGCUUGGCUCCUCUAGUAGGGCCGGGUUUGGGGUGCUGAGCCCUCCCCACUGAGAGGAAGGGGCCAAACAACCUACCAAGCCUGCCUAGCCAAGGAACUCUAUUUCCUCCUCCUUUCCUUGGCCUCUGGCCUCUCCUGGCUUCUGCUUCUUUACCCAGCAGGCCCUGGCUUCCUGGGAGCUCAUCUUGGAAGGGGGCAGGGAGGGGAGAGCAUUUGUCUACUGGUCUUUGGCAGAUGGUCUAGGUGGGUAGACUACAAGAAGACUUGUUAGGAGACUGUGCAGCUCUGGUUUCUCUUCCUUGUUAAUAAACACAAAUGCUUGUUUCUCAA